CAUAUCCAAAAAUCAUUUUCAACCAUUAGAUUUGGAUAAAAGAAAAUUUAAGGUAUUAAUUAGUAAAAUUGAAUACAAAAAAUAAAGUAAUUUUUGUAAUGUUUAUCAUCAAAAUUUAACUUUGCUCACCGCACAAUAUAACUAAUUAUUUACCAUUGUAACCUUAUUAUUAAAACCAACUGUACAUAGCACACCAUUUGAUCAUGCCUAUUAAUUUUUUUCUUCAUAGAUAUGCAAUAAAAUCAUAUUUGGAUUUUUAUUUUCAUUAUUUAUAUUUUGCUUAAUUUUCAACCACUUUCACUUUCUAUCUUAUUUUCCAUUCAAACAUUUGUCAUGUUACAGGGGCCGCGAGCAACACGGUAUGUUCCUCAAUUAUACUUCACCUCAGUCAGGGUACUCUGCAAUGCAAACACCUCCGAGCACUUCAAUCCAAAGAAAGAUGCAUCAUUUCCAGAAAUCAACCUCAAAACAGGUGAAAUUGAGGGACUCACAGGGGGAUUGCCUCCCUCCAACCGCACAGUCCUAGCCUUCUUCGCAGGUGGUGCACACGGUCUCAUUAGAUCUACAUUCCUCAAACACUGGAAAGAAAAAGAUGAACAAUUACUUGUCUACGAAACUCUCCCCGAGGGAAUGUCUUACCCUGACAUGAUGAAGAAGAGCAGGUACUGCAUUUGCCCGAGCGGGUGGGAAGUGGCGAGUCCAAGAAUCGUGGAGGCGAUUUACGCAGAGUGUGUACCAGUUUUGAUCUCACAGCACUAUGUCCUGCCCUUCAGUGAUGUCCUGGAUUGGAACUCAUUCUCGGUCGAGGUUUCAGUCAGUGACAUACCCAACCUGAAGAAAAUUCUUUUGGGAAUACCUGAGGACCGGUAUCUGAGACUGCGGGAGGGAGUCAAGCAAGUGCAGAGGCAUUUUCUAGUGAACGAUCCUCCGAAGAGAUAUGAUGUGUUCCACAUGAUAAUUCACUCGAUCUGGCUUAGGAGAUUGAAUGUUCUUGUUUAUAGUUGAUUGAUCAAACAUUCAAUUGUCAAGAAUACAAAAUAGUUUUUUGUAACAUCAAAUAAGAUUAGGAUUUAUCAUUUCAAAUUAGUUAAAACUUUUCAGAAAAAAAUGUUGUACUACGAAUGCAACAUUGCUAUGUAAGAACAACCAUUUAAAGAGA